AAAGAUUGAAUGCAGUUUACAGCUUCUUAUUAGACUCCGCCCUUAUGGAACCCGUGGAACUAGCAUCUUGGAAACAGAAGCAGGCAAAGAACCAACAGGCAGGAAAAGGGGGUUGGACUUUAUAUAGCCAAUGAAAACUUUAGAAGACAACAGAAGACAACAGAGUCCACAAUCCUCAUACAGAGUGCAGUGAAGAUCCCUACUGAUCUUAUGCAUUACAGGUACAUACGGUGUCAGGAAUCUCAGGCUGAGUUCUUCUGCCAGUUACAAAGGCCCUGAACAACUACAAAUCAAGGAUCUAGAGGCAUGGCUGUGACAAAUUUCCACUAUAUCACCCGGAUGAGCAGUGGUUUCAAAGUUUACAUUCUAGAAGGUCAGCCACACCUGAGGAGCGAGGACCGGUUUCGUCACAUAACCAGUGACAGAAUCAGAGUGACUCCUGCUCACCCGUUCAAACACCGACACAGUUCAGAACAAGGACGGACACUGGAGGAGAGAAGAGAGAAGGCCCUCAGCAAGAGUCUGGCCAGUGCUAACAGGACAUCAUCACGGUUCAACAAGCUGGAGAGUCCUACAUCCACUUGGAGCCCCACAGCAAGUCCAACUCACCAAAUCUCCAAUACAGUUAUGGAUGAGCCGCUUGCCCUUAUUAAGAAAAUGCACCAGGAGACAGAGGAGACAGAAGACAAAAACAGAAAAACUCCAGUGAGACACUUACAGGUUCGGCCCUCAGUGAUCACAUGCGUCUCAUCAACAAAGGCAGCCUGUAUGCCGAUAGACUGUUGCAAGCACUCCACUGUUAUGAUGCAGCACAGGUAUGAUAAUGUUGAGGAACAUUUCCAGCGGAGCCUUGGGGUGAACUAUCAAAAAGGUUCCUCUAAGCAAAUCUCCAUAAGUGUGUCUGUUGAUGACCAUUUUGCCAAGGCUCUUGGAGAAAAGUGGCUACAACUCAAAGCAUCCUCUUCUGCUUGCAGUUCAUCUUCCACACUGUCAACAUCAUCUUCACGUCUAACCUGUAAUCCCACAGUUAUCGACUCGCCUGGUUAUGGCCAAAGCCCUAAACGAGCACGCAAGGAUUCUUUCAGUCCAACUACAGCCCCUGCCAGCAUGUGGCCAGGGAAAUGAAACUUGUCUAAAUACAUACUGGACUUUUACAUAGAACCACAAGUUGGGUGUUCACAGUGAUGUGUUAUCACUGCAGCUAAAUAAAAUGCCAAGAACAUGCAGUUAAA